GUGGUCAAAAGAUAAAAUGUUUGGUCACCAAACAAUGCUUGAUGGUGUUUGGUCGCCAAACAUUUCCCGUUUGGACAGGCCUUAAGGCCUUCUCACGUGACGAAGGUCAGCAAAUGUUUUAUUCGUUUAGUCUAAUGCAGUGAAUUUUGAAAAUAUCAUACGCCGUAGAAGUCGUAGAUACCGUGCUAUUUCAGUAUACUACUAAUGCGAGGAGAUAUAUAACAUGUCAAAAUUUCCCAGCUAAGUUAAAGUGUGCUAAGCAAGUUGUGGACAUGGCUUUUAAUGAAUUAUUGCGGCUGACAAAUAGAAACUUAAAAACACGUCGACAAGGCAGGUGUCUGACAAGCAAUGUGAUCGGCAUUCUAUCGUGUGAUUGCAUACAAAUGACAACAGCUAUCGACUGUUGUUCCGGCAGAAUGACACAGACUUCCGCAGUUAAAUCAGCCUAAGAGCUACAAACGAGUUUUGCUCUACAACGCUCAAAAGCGAAUACCUUCGCUGAAAAAUAAUAGGUUUAAGUUUUCACAGCUCAGGUUCGUGAACGUUAAAAGUCAUGACGGAAUCGCUUUCUGUCGAACUUGCCACGAGAACAAAGGCUGUAGAAUGGACUGAAGCAGUUUUGCUUGCUGUUAUCAAUAUUGUGGCCUUCUUCGGCAAUUUCCUAACUUGUUACGCCGUGUACAGAAACCAGAGACUUCGUACGCUUCCCAAUAUGUUCGUGAUAGCACUUGGUGUAAGCGAUAUUCUCAUGUCCACCUUCUGUAUGCCUUUUACAGUUGUAACUCUGUUUCACGGCCGCUGGAUGUUUGGUGAGAGUUUUUGUCGUUUCCAAGGAUUUGGAGCAUUGACAUUUGGACUGGUCUCCAUGGGCACCAUGGGAUUAAUUGCAGUUAGUCGAUAUUACUGUGUUGUAAAACCAGAAAAGUACAUUGUGUUGUUCAAGAAACAAAGAGCUUUGCUGUACAUUGCUGUUGUUUGGUGCGCGGCUCUCUUUGGAUCAUUGCCUCCAAUUUUCAUCAAGAACGGGAGAUUUGAAUUCCAGCCGGGUAAAGCGAUGUGUUUGUACACAUUUGAAAGCAAUAUUGCCUAUACUGUCUUUAUUGAGUGCGUUUACGUCGCAGCACCGUUAACUAUAAUCACAAUCUGCUACGCCAAAGUAUUCCGCACAGUGUCUAGAUCAAAUCAAGUUUUCUUCCAGGAAAAUACCCUUCAGCAACUGAGAGCGAACGUGGAAGAAGCAAAAGUGACCAAAACUUUAGCGGCAGUAAUGGUCGGCUUCACAUGUUGUUGGCUUCCUAUCUCCAUCAUGGAUAACAUUGACGCCGCGCGCGGGGAACACACUUUGCCGCGACAGGCGUACCUUACAUACGCGUUCUUGGCUUAUUUGAGUAGUACAGUCAACCCCUUUAUAUAUGGCACCACGAAUAGGCAGUUCAAACGAGAGUACAAGUCUAUUUUGAGAAUGACUGUUUGCUUCCGAAGCCAGAACAACAACAACAGCAGCAACAACAACAGCUAAAGAUAUGUCCGUAUUGCGGACAUACGUGGUUUCCGGGUUAUUCCAGUUAUACAAGUUAUCUUACAUUGACCUCGGGUUAUAAUUGCUACAACAGCAGUCUUAAACUGAGAAAAGCAAUUGAAUUCCUCCUUAUUUUCACUUCCUUAGGGUCUCUGGACUGACAUUUUGUGCCCACUACAUGAGGUACAAGAACAUGGAAGCCUCGUUGAUAACACCAAAUGGACUGCAUCGCUAUGAUGGAUUUACUCAUUCUAAAUUGAGCCACUCUACCUUGUAAACAAAAAAAGUAGAAAAGAAAAAGGAGUCGUCAGGUUCCGGAACCGAUCUCAGGUUCACUCCGAUAGGGCAAGAAAAUACAAAGCGUGUCAGCCUUAUCUCACAAAAUAUCCUGAUUGCCAACUGCUACAGCCCGUUAUUUCCAAAUUUAAUGUGGUCCUAUGACAUAUGCAAACCACUAAUUAGUGUACAUUCGAGUCGGGCUUAAAAAAUAAACAAGUGAUAGAGAUACCUUUUCCUGCGUAGCUAUAUUAAAGUUUCAAUCUCUCAGUAGUAAUAAAAGCAGUAUUAAAA